AACCAACAUACGAGUCGCUGCAGUCAUCUCUGGAGCAGAUGCGCGAACACAUGCGCAAGAACAUCGUUAAGCAGCUGGCCAUACCGCGCAUCGGUUGCGGUAUUGAUGGCUUGGAAUGGGACAAAGUCAGCGGCGUUCUGGAGUACGUGUUCGGGCAGGAGCAGCUGGAGAUUGUCGUCUACAACUUUGUGCCUCCACCAAGCAAUUAAGAAUCAAUUCUAGGCGAAGAUAUCAAAUAAAAGAAGUA